ACGAUUUCUUGCUUAGUCGAGGAGGAAUUCUGCUCCAAGUCCUCAAAAAUUCAUACGAAGCUGUAUGGCCCGCCAAAUCACUUCGUAACGGCAGUAGAGAGUCGCGAGCUGCAUGAGUCUGCCGACGUCUUCUCUGUGGAAGGUCCAGCAUAUCGAGAAUGCUGGACGAGGCGUGAUUGCGAGCCGAGCAAUCGCUCAGGGCACCGUGGUGCAUGACAGCGGUCCACCGAGCGUACACGUCGUCUUCAAGCAGUACAGCAAGGAGACGUGUGCGCAGUGCUUCCUCUGGGAUCGCGGCCGCGCUUUGCCGGUGCGCGAUGCGGACAUCGGCAAGGCCUUUUGCUCGACGCUCUGUAGGCAGUCAUGGAUACAGCAGCAUGGAGAUAUUGGCGUCGAAGCGUGGCGGGUGUUGACAGCGUUCAUGCGCAGCGGCAAAGGCAACGGCAAGAUCAAGAGCGAUGGAGGUGGUGUUGAUGCGCGGAUGAAGGGGGAUGGCGACGGCGACGGUGACAAGAGCAGGCGGCCUUGUGCCGUUGACAUUCGUGCAGCGUGGCAGAGCGCGGCGGCGGAGGCCAAGAUGCUGCUCCGGAGCAGGACGACAGCGGCGAAAGGCGAUAUGACCAAGCAGGAACGCCAAGCGGUGCAAGCGAUACUGCAUAACACGCGGCAGACCAGGGAUUAUGAAAAGCUCAGCUAUUUUCUCUGCGGCCUCCUAUUCGACCAUGCUGCUACAGCCGAAGCACGAGCCGGCUUGCUCAGCCUUGCCAUGGACGACACCCCGUACAACACCCACCAGGAGCUCGAAGACAGCUGCAUGGCUUUCCUCCAGCUCACGUCGAUCAUGCCGCUCAGUCUCGUGCCACACUUGACAGCCGACCUCUGUCUCAAUCUUGUUCGAGCUGAUAAUCACAACGCCUUCGGUAUUCGCGGUGGUGGCGAGGACAGCGAGGAGUAUAUGGGCUAUGGCGUCUACCCGUCUGCCUCCUACUUCAACCACUCGUGCGACGCCAAUAUUCACAAGAAGCGCACGGGUAGAUCCUGGACAUUCCAUGCGGCCCAAGACAUCCAGCCUGGCGAUGAAUUGUGCAUCACGUAUCUCGGUGGCGAUGAGAAAGACCUCAAUCUUCCAGCUCGUCGUGGCAGGCUGGAAGAAGUCUGGGGCUUCGUCUGCCAUUGUGCACGAUGUAAGAAGGAGGUUGCAUCUUGAUUGCGAUAUCACAUCGGAAGCUCCGAAUCUGUAAGCGAGCUAUGCAAGUUCAAUGUCUUGUCUUCUCGGCUUCGGCAAGCCGCAAAACCUCUCUGCGGCAUCAUACCACCUUGAGGUGUUACACCACUCCGUUCGAAUCGACCGCAAAGAGAUGCCAAGACAAUUGGUCUUGUCUACAUGGGACGACUUGUAACCGAAGUACCAAGGUAACGUACCUAGGUAGUUCUUACAGUGUACUGUCAGUAGCCUCAUCUUGGCGAGACCACCAGCCCGAAUCUUCCGGAGCAUCUGAAAAAACUCCUCAAUUGUAUUUCUUGCUCGUCUUGCAGUGCCUCAUCCUUCUUGACAAGUACCAAUUGGAAGAGGAGGGACGAAUCCAUUGCAACGAUGUUAGCGGCUCUCAAUACAACAAACAUCGUGGCUGCGUUGGCUGGGACAUAUGCGUUGGUCAAUACCAGCUCAACCCUCAACGGCGUUCCAGUCCCAGACCGUGCCUAUGGAGAGAAUCCGAUUGGUCUCUUGACAUACACGAGCUCUGGCUUCAUGAGCGCAACCAUCGCAGCAACCGAGGAAGAACUUCGUCCUGCAAACUUGACGUUUCCCUACAACGAGUCGGAUCCCGUUGAAGACUGGGCGCUCGUGGGAAAACAUACUCUGGCAUAUGCUGGACCGUGGAGCAUCUCGCCCGACAUUCCAGCUUCCAACACCUCAGGCCGAUUGAUUCAUGGCCCUCUGUGGGUUGCAAAUGUACCGUCUUGGGUCGACAGUCAACAACGCCGGAACUAUACCGUUUUCACAAGCACCUCCGGCGAUGGAUUCCCGGCGGGAACGAAGCUGUUGAGGAUUGAUUCCCGCAGAGACGGCGGUAACGCGGGUGUGUUGUGGUGGAGGAGCGUUGAGUAAGGUAGAUUAGGGAAUAUGAAUUGGCAUUAGUGAAAGUGGCGAAAGUCCGAGGCCGGACUGGGGAGAGAGAGAUAAGGUCGUUCUAACGAACAUUGAGGGCGAGGGUUCCUACCUGUAUAUGCUCUGUAUCAAUUCAGAAC